AUGGGUUUCACGGAUCUGCUCACCGACGCCGGCCUUGCUGUGCUGAACAGCUACCUGACCACCCGGUCGUACAUUGUUGACCACAAUGCCACCCAGGCCGAUGUUGUUGUCUUCAAGGCCCUGAAGUCGGCCCCGGCGGCUGACAAGUACCCCAACGCUGCGCGGUGGUACAAGCACAUCGCCACGUACGAGGACGAGUUCGCGACCCUGUCCGGCGACGCCUCCAAGCCCUACACCGCCUACGGCCCCGAGAUCGCCGAGGUCACCAUCAACCCUGCCAAGGCCCCGGCGGCUGAGGAGGACGACGACGAUGUCGACCUGUUCGGCAGCGACGACGAGGAGGAGGACGCCGAGGCUGCCCGUAUCCGGGAAGAGCGUCUGGCCGAGUACCGCAAGAAGAAGGAGGGCAAGGUCAAGCCGGCGGCCAAGUCGGUUGUGACGCUGGAUGUCAAGCCGUGGGACGACGAGACCGACAUGAAGGCUCUGGAGGAGUCUGUCCGCAGCAUCAACCAGGACGGCCUCGUCUGGGGUCUGUCCAAGCUGGUCGCCGUCGGCUUCGGCAUCAAGAAGCUGCAGAUCACCCUGGUCGUCGAGGACGAGAAGGUCUCCCUGGACGACCUCCAGGACACGAUUGCCGAGUUCGAGGACUACGUCCAGUCGUCCGACGUUGUUGCCAUGCAGAAGCUGUAA